AUGAAGUUUUUAAUUGUACUGUUUGCUGUAGCGGCAAUUGCUCUUGCAGCUCCAAAGGCUCAACAACCCGUGAUUGUUCUUCAGACUGGAGGAGGCGGCGGCGGCGGAGGAGGUCCUCCUCCUGCUCCUCCUGCGCCAAGACCAAUCGUUGUUGAAUUAGGAGGCGGCGGCGGAGGAAAUAGUGCACCUCCUCCUCCUCAACCAAUUGUGAUUGACAUUCAAAAAGGCGGAAAUGGCGGAGGCGGCGGCGGCGGUGGCGGCGGAGGCCCACCUCCUCAAACUGUAUACGUUGUAAAUGUUUAA